CCCUCAAUCAUAUUAUUAUUAAUAUUGUUAUUAAUAUUAGUAAUAGCCAGGUGUUGCCUGAUAAAGAAAAACACAUUGAGCUAGUGGAAGGAGGAGAAUGUUUGAGAUUCCUAUUUCUUUUUCUUUGUACUGCUAUCUGAGUGCGGGAAUGGCAUGUGCCCCAGGGGCCACUAGCUCAUACUCCAUCCCAGAACACAGCACUGACGCACAUACAACUGUGGAUUAAAACACACUAUAAUGCAUUAUUACACACUAUCAUGCAUUUUAACAAACUAUGUUUAUAAUGUGUCAUAAUGCAUUUGUCAUACAAUAAUGUUUCAUAACACUUUCCUUGAUGAGCACCAGAUUUCCACUAAUACUUUGUGUCCUGAUGCAGCAAUCUCCUUUUUCCCCCUCUUAAUUAUUAUACAAUUUAUAAGUGAUCUUGAUUUUAUGUCAGGCAGGCUGUACACGGGGAGGAGCAAUGCUGCCCCCCACAGUUCGAAGUUCUUAUAAUCACAGUCCCCAGUUCUUUAUCACUUUAUCUCUCUAUCUCAAACAAAUUCUUUAUUACAGUUGUUCUAAUCCUAUGUUGUGGAGUUAAUCUGACUUCAUAGAAUAUUUCCGUCCUUUAGCGAGACCAUAAGCACAACACAAAAUAAUACAAUUACUUAAAAAGCAACUAUAAUAUCGUUUUUUUUCCCACAAUACGUUAUAUAAAUAUAGAUACAGUACAUCCAUGAUAUAGUGUGUUUGUAUAACAUCUUACAAAAGGACAGUGUUUUAUUUUAGAGUUGAAAUGAAUGCGGAACGAAACGCCGUGUGCGCUUGGUUUCCUCACGGAUGCGUUUUAGAACCGUGUUAGCAGCAUCACGUGUGUUAUGACAGGAGGGUCUUGUUUGACAGAGUGAAUAUUUUAAAAAUAACAACGGUAUAGUUUUUUAUUAAGAGGACGCAGUGAUAAACUUUACCGGAGUAUGUCCGCGGGCAGGAACGUGUCCCCGGCGGGAGUUGUUCUGGGUUUCCUGGAGGAGGCCGAGCCGUGGCGGCUUUGCUCCCCACAGUUCCCCAGUAAAGUAGGUGGGAAGCCGGCGUGGCUCAGCCUGACAAAUCCGCCCUCACUGGCCGAGCUGGAGUGUGGCACAUGCCGCCUACCCAUGGUCUUUUUACUGCAGGUGUAUGCACCCAUUUCUGGACAGGACAGGAGUUUUCACAGGUCUCUGUUUCUGUUCUGCUGCAAAACCCCAGAGUGCUACACUGCCAACAACAACCACUGUAUGAAAGUUUUUAGAAGUCAGCUGCCCAGGAGGAAUGACUUCUACCCUUACGACCCACCACCAGAGGAGGAACCCCCCAUCGACCCUGAACCUGAGGAUAGUGUGUUACCUGUGUCUGGGGUUAAACUGUGUUGGGUGUGUGGUUGCCCUGGCAACAAAGCCUGCUCCCGGUGUCACGCUGUGUCCUACUGUGGCAAACAUCACCAGACGCUCCACUGGAAACAGGCACACAAGAGGGAGUGUUGCAGCCAAGAAGCAUCCCCCAACACAAAGUCUCCCAUCCUCUUCCCUGAGUCUGAGCUGGUCAUAGAGCCUGAGGAAGAGGAGGAGGAAGAGAAAGAGGAAGACACAAAUGAGGCAGAAGAAGAGGACGGAGGAAGUGCUCAGAGGGAUGUAGAUUGUCCUCCUUUAGCAGACGCUCUGGCAGAGAAAGACCUUGAGGAGAUGGCACUGUGUGAGACAGAGGACAUGAACAUUUUUCAGAAAUUCAAAAAGAAGAUUGCAUCAGAACCACACCAGGUGGUGCGCUACAGUCUUGGUGGUUACCCACUGUGGGUCUCUUCUCAGCACACCCCUUCAGAGCAGGAUAUCCCACCAUGCACCUGUGGCGCCAAGAGGACUUUUGAAUUUCAGGUGAUGCCCCAGCUGUUAAACAGUCUCUGUGUGGACUCAACCGGAGCCAGCAUCGACUGGGGUACAUUGGCCAUCUACACCUGCUCUGCCAGCUGUAACCAUGACGAUCAGUACUGCCCGGAGUUCAUCUGGAAGCAGGACUUUAGCCAGGAUCAACAAACACAGAUAAAAACACCAGUAGCAUCUGCUGCCGCUGCUGACGGCUAAUACAGAUCAGUGAGGUGUAAUCGCACCUGUAGUGAUGUCAUCGCUUUGUUCUCGAGCUGCAUGUGUGUUGCAGCUCGUUGCAUAACUGAUUUUUUGUAAACAUGUAAAGGCCUUUCCAUACCUAACACAACAGUGUCUACAGAGAACUGUGAACAUGUCCUGGUACACACCCGUGAUUAUGUUCACACUAAAAUGAGGAUCUGCAUCGGUCUGGUGUUCCAGUUGUACCUGAUCCCUCUUUCUUUCCUAUUUGAUUACGUUGUCCUACCUGGAGCAGGCACAGUUAAUGCAUUAGGGGCCACGUUGGUGGAUUACCACAUUGACCUACCCCACGUGGCCUUUUGUGGACGUGGAACCUAUGAAUUGAGUGUGAAAUCGUGACUGUUCAAUCUGAGAAUGAAUCAGAGAUGUUGAAGAUGACCGAUGCCCCAGUAAAGUUAUUAUUCUGUGUCUGCACAAAGCCUUAUCUGUCAUUAGAUUACUUGUUCAGAUAUUCCCCAGAGAUUUCUGGAUCUACUCUAGUUCCUUUUGUUAGAAUCUUUAAUGUCUGACUUACGGUGCGAGUCAGUUAUGAUCAGGUUAAGCAUAAACUUCUGUUACUGAAGGUUCCUUCCACUGGAGCUGGUAUUGAGCCAACCAAAGCAUGAGCUUGAACCUUGUCAUCGGAGACAUUUUAACACAGAUAUCUAAAUUUCCAUUUGUUUGAUUUUUCUGUGCUUUUAAACAACAGUUCCCGGUUUCAUGGUAUGCAACGGUUUGAAGCAGUCACUGAAUUAAACCCAAUAACGUUUUCCCUCA